AUGUCUCAAGGAGAGUACAAGGAAUCAUUUGAUGGAUACGACGCCCUUAUUAAGGAGUAUGGAGAAAAGGAAAAAUUGCUUCGAGGUAGAGGUUUCGCGGCAAUGUAUCUGGGAAAUCAGAAAAUUGCACGAGCGGAUUAUUUAAAAGCGGUUAGUUUAAAUGAUACGUGCGGGAAUUGUUACAACAAUCUAGCACGUGUAGAAGCGAUCGAAGACAAUACCGAAAAAGCGCUGGAGUAUAUUAAUCAGGCGAUUGAGAUCAAUGAAUCUAACGGAGGGUAUUACCUCACCCGAGCGAAAAUCAAGUAUCAACAAGGAGCAAAGUAUGGAAUUGUUUCUGAUUACAAUAAAGCGGUGAAACUGGAGCCAUCAGCCUAUCAUCACCUUGAACGAGCAAACUAUUUUGCCGAAACCGGUAAUCGAUCACAGGCAAUUCUGGAUUACGACGAAGCCAUUCGAAUGGAACCAAAGAAUGCAUUUGCCUUAAGCAAGAGAGGUGCAUUGUAUCUCAAGUAUGACGUUGUUGAUCUCGCUUUGGAAGAUUUGAAAAAGAGUAUUUCUCUUGAUUCAAGCAAUGCAAUUUGCUGGGCGAAUCUUGGAGAGGCAAUUACUAUGGCUGGUGACCCGAAAACAGGAGUGGAAAAGUACAACCGCGCCAUUGAGUUGAAACCCGAUCAAAUGUCAUUUUAUUUCAAUCGUGGGUUGACGCAUUACAGUUUGGAAGAGAUGAACCUGGCGUGUGAUGACUACAAGAAGGCAAGAGAACUGGCGGUUGAACAAGGCUUUAAUGAUGCUGUAAUAGAUAUUGAUUUGGCGAUUCGUGAGUUGUGUGAUCCAGAGGAGCGAAGCUUUUAUUAUCAGCAUGGAAUCGCGAUGUACAAUAAAGGUCAGUUCGAAGAGGCGAUUGAUACCUACAAUGCUGGAUUGGAAAAGUUUCCUGGAAGUGUUUUGUUGACGAGUUUUCGGGGAAAUGCCUAUUUGGCAAUGCAUCAGUUUGACUUAGCGAUGGCGGAUUACCAGACAUGUAUUGGAAGAACAUCUGAUUUCCAGCAAGAAAUAGGUGAAAACCCAAAGUUUGGAGGUAAUCCAGAAGCCGUGCGAGCACAGGCGAUCAGUGGAAAUGCAAACGUGUACAGUUGCAUGUCCGAAGCAAUGCUGAAGUCGGGAGAACCUAAAAAAGCGUUGGAAUAUGCUGAACUUUCAGAGAAAGAGUGGAUCAAAGGAGGCGCGGCAUCU